CGCUUCUCUUCGCGGGUUCGCAGCGCCUGCGUCUGGCGGGGAUGGACGGGUCACCGCGCGAGGGAGCCCUGCGGGCGUUGCCCGGGGCUGGCUCGCUCCUGCUGCUGCUGGUGCUGGCGGUCCACUCCCCGCCCAGCCGAGGACUGAAGUACGGAAUUCGUGCAGUUGAUUUGAAAAGUAUAGAAACUGUCUUGGAAUCUGGGUUCUUCUCUAGAAUUAGUAGUUGGAGAAACUCAACAGUUGGUGGACACCCAUGGCAGGUCUCCCUGAAAUUAGAUGGACACCACUUCUGUGGAGGAAGUUUGAUUCAAGAUGAUCUGGUUGUUACAGCGGUACAUUGCCUAAUUAGCCUCAAUGAGAAGCAGAUUAAGAGUCUGACAGUGACUGCUGGGGAGUACAACCUCUUUCAGAAGGAUGAGGAGGAACAGAAUAUUCCUGUCUCAAAAGUUAUUAUCCAUCCUGAAUACAACAGACUUGGAGGUGAUAAAUUUGAAGAAGGGAUUCUUUGCAUGGCCAGUGGAUGGGGCAAGACUUCAGAGACAUCAGAAUAUUCAAAUAUCCUACAAGAAGUGGAAGUUCCCAUCAUGGAUGACAGAACAUGUGGUACCCUGCUCAGGGGCAUGAACCUUCCUCCCCUGGGAAGGGACGUGUUGUGCGCCGGUUUUCCUGAUGGGGCAAAGGAUGCCUGCCAGAGGGACUCUGGAGGCCCACUUGUUUGUAGAAGAGAUGAUGGAGCCUGGGUUCUUGCUGGGAUAACUUCCUGGGCAGCUGGUUGCACUAGAGUUUGGAAUCCUUUCAGAAAUAAGCAGAGAAAGGUAUCACCUGGCAUUUUCUCCAAGGUGUUUGUGUUGAUGGAUUUUAUCACACAGACCAUGAUAGAGUCUUUAAACAAAAUUGGAUCAACAUCAUUUCCCCAAACCAAUCCUGUAUCUUCUGCAAAAGUUAUUCCAUAUGGUGUCUGUGGCAUCCCUCCGUUUAAUCACCAGUGGCUUUCUAGAAGAAUUGCAGGAGGAAUAGAAGCCUGCCCCCACUGUUGGCCAUGGCAGGUGGGUUUGAGGUUUCUCGGCAAUCACCAAUGUGGAGGUGCCAUCAUCAAUUCGAUUUGGAUUCUGACUGCAGCGCAUUGUGUGCAAUCGAAAAAUAAUCCACUCUUCUGGACCGUUCUUGCUGGAGACCAUGACAGAACCUUGAAGGAAUCAACUGAGCAGGUGAGAAGGGCGAAACACAUCGUGAUGCACGAAGACUUUGACACACGGAGCUAUGACUCUGACAUCGCCCUGAUACAACUGAGCUCUGCCCUAGAAUUCAACUCAGUGGUGAGGCCAGUAUGUCUUCCCCACAGCUUGGAGCCUCUGUUUUCUUCUGAGAUUUGUGUUGUGACUGGCUGGGGAAGUGUUAGUAAAGAAGGUGGUCUAGCAAGUCGCUUACAGCAGAUUCAAGUGCCUGUGUUAGAAAGAGAGGUCUGCGAACGCACUUACUAUUCAGCCCAUCUGGGAGGAAUCUCAGAGAAGAUGAUCUGUGCUGGCUUUGCAGCAUCUGGAGGGAAAGAUGUGGGCCAGGGAGAUUCUGGUGGACCAUUAGUGUGUAAGCAUGAAAAAGGUCCCUUUGUUCUCUAUGGCAUUGCCAGCUGGGGAGCUGGCUGUGGCCAACCAAGGAAGCCAGGUGUAUUUGCCAGAGUGAGUGGCUUCCUGGACUGGAUUCAAUCCAAAAUCAAAGAUGCAGGUCCUGUUUUACUCCAGAUAAAAAAUGAAAGCAAAAUCUUAACAAGACAACAAUCGCCACCACCCACACCCUCAAGAGACAGUGCAUCUGGCCCAGGCUGUUACUCUGAAGUGGAGUUAGAAGAACCUAGAGGCUUUUUUUCAUCUCCAAGAUAUCCACUGAAUUAUAGAGGAAAACUGGAAUGUUCUUGGGUGCUCCGAGUUUCACCAAGCAGUAUGGCAAAACUUACGGUUGAGUAUCUGUUACUCCCUGGGUCUCAUAUGUGUCAAGAUUCAGCUCUGCUUAUUUAUGAAGAAAACCACAGUGAGAGAAGGAUGUCAGGUAAAUUAUGUGGAAGAAGGCUUUAUCCAAUGGUUUUCAUGAGCUCUGGACCACUGGUGAGGGUGACAUUUCAUACCAGUGUGCAAGGUGCUUUUGGCAUAAAUUAUAUUGUCUUUAGAGUCCAAGGUCCAAAGGGCAGUAAAAACACCCAAUCUCUUCAGAGUUCAAACCAAGAGCAUGUGGCCACCUGUGAGGAUGUUAUUCUGACCAAACCAACAGGGAUCAUACAAUUCCCGAGAUAUUUUCACAGAACCACUAUGAGCUGCCACUGGAGAUUACUAGCCCCUGUGAAUCAUAUCAUUCGCCUUGAUAUUUUCAACUUCCAGAAGCAACCAAUGCCCUUGGCCUGUCAGGGUCACCUGUGGGUUUAUGAAGGAUUUGGAUCAGGAAAAAAAUUAAUAGGAAAUCUAUGUGAAGGAGAUUCACCUUCAUUAAAAUCUCAUGGUCCUCUUAUGAUGUUGAUUUUCACAUACAAUGCAAGUUUGGCCAUGGAAGAAUUUUCUUUGAGAUAUUCUUUUCAUAUGUCUGGUUCCAUGAGAGGAAACAUUAAAGUUAAUGGUAAAGAGGAUAAAGGAGGGUGUCCAAUAUUGGAUCUGAUUGCAGUUAAUUCUUUUGAGAUCACAUCUCCCAAUUAUCCUAACAUUUAUCCUAAUAUGCUGAACUGCACCUGGACUUUUUAUUCUAUGUCUGGAAAUAAAAUGAAGGCAUUGAUUAAAGAUUUUAUAAUGGAAGAAUCUUGGAACUGUGAAUGGGAUUAUUUCAAUAUUUAUGAUGGACCAGAUCAGCAAUCAAGAUUACUUGCUCAUUUAUGUGGCUCCAAGAAAGAAUUUGUCUGGAUAUCCAGUGGUGCUUACCUAACUGUGAAUUUGAAAACUGAUGAGUCUGUGGGAGAAAGAGGUUUUAAACUGAUUCUGGAAGAUAUGACUCAGAAGCCAUCACAGAAAAGCAAUAUUGGGAUCCAACUGCCUAUUAAUGGGCUUUGGAGAAGGAAAUGGCAACCCACUCCCGCAUUCUUGCCUGGAAAAUCCCAUGGACGGAGGAACCUGGGGUCGCAAAGAGUCAGACACGACUGAGUGACUUCACUUUCACUUUCACAGUAGAAAACAAGACCAGAAGACAGCCAGCUCAAGACUCAUGUGGAGUUCCACUUGUUGACCCACUUUUCACUGAAGGGUUUGAGAGGAAUACAAACCUCUUGCCUGCCGAGGUCGGUGAGCCCAGGGUGGUUGGUGGCCAUGCAGCCCCUGUGAUGUCGUGGCCCUGGCUGGUCAGUCUGCAGCACCAAGGACGUCACUACUGUGGAGGGGCUCUGAUUGGGAGGCAGUGGGUCCUGACAGCGGCACAUUGUAACUUCAGUACUGUCACAGACUACCUGGUAAUAGGAAGAAGUUACCUGGGGAAUGUAAGAAAUAGUGAUUUGAUCCCAGUGAAAGCUGUGUACAUUCACCCCAGCUUCACACAAUUUCCUCCCAAUGAUGAUCUAUCUUUGCUGCAUCUGGAAAAACCUGUUGAACUAGGAGAGUUUGUAUCUACAAUCUGUUUGCCAGGGAAAGAUGAUAAAAUAAAUUUACUUUCCAAAUGUUUGACUGCUGGAUGGGGAAUAACUGAACCUCAUCAAGAUGAAUUUCCUAAAACUGUGCAGCAGGCAAAGGUACCACUGAUCAGUAGUAUAUCGUGUCGAAGCUACUGGGGACUGGAAAUUAAAGACACUAAUAUAUGUGGAGGGGCUUCCGGAUCAUCCUCCUGUAUGGGAGAUUCUGGAGGACCACUGCAGUGUGGCAAGGGUGGGCAGUACAUGCUCAUCGGUAUUGUGAGCUGGGGCAGCAGUAACUGCGAUCCUGCCGCUCCAACAGUCUUUACCAGAAUUUCUGCCUACACAGACUGGAUCACAUCCAUCACUGGAGAAGCAGGAUCACUGGAAGAGCAGCCUGGUGGGACUGUGAUCACAAGUGGGAAAGGAAAUAGAUAACCACAUAUCUGGAAAAUAUGUCUCUUGUCAUUGCUAAAAAACUCAAUGUCACUUCUCCCAACUUUUGUCAUUGAGGAGCUUGGAUUUGGUAUGUAAAUACAUUCAAUAUUAAACAUUGGUCACAGAAAGUUAAGGUUGGUUCGUGCCUCCUGGGAACUUAUAAUCUUAAAUGCCCUUAAAUUCAUAUCUAUAUACUCUAUAUAUGUCACAUUUGAAUACCACCAUAUAUACUUUUGGGGUUUCCCAGAUGGUGCUAAUGGUUAAGA